AUGAUUUUCUCAUCUUCCCAGUUGCGACUCUUUCCCUACAUAGCCAUCUUGCUCUUGGGAUUCCUGGCACAAAGUACGAGUGCUAAGAUAAAGACCAGCGAUGUUUUCAACGUCAUGACAGAUGCUAUGGGCUUUGGCGGCAGCUGCGACGCUAGGAUUGCAGCUGCUAAGGCAGACAGCUCAAAGCCCAACCCUGAGGAUGCUAUUCAACAGGCUUUAGAUCUUUGCAACGCAGCCAUUGCCGCGCUUGGGAAAGCCGCCGAGUCAGGGAGUAUUCCAAAACUUCUCUCAAGCACCUAUAAGCAAGACAGGAAACGCAUUCUCUUUCUUGCGGAAAAGUUUUGGGGUGCAGACAUCCAUCCUAAAACUUUGCAACACCGGUCGAAAGCGUCGAAAGAUAACAUAAACGACGCCAUAGCCAGUUACAAGAAAUUGAAGGAUUACAUUGAGGGAAAGAAAAAGGAUUAUCGGUUUGCCUGCGAUGACAGCUGGGCAAAAACUGUUACGCAUCUGCAGACCGAAUUCAAUGGCAAACCAAAAGGCACCGCUAUCACCGAAAUUGAUUCCCUUCAAGCCCUGGAUCCUACCAACCCUCACAGUAUAAUGUUAAAUUAUGCGUGGUACGACAAGAGCAAAACUGAAGAUAACGUGCCCUAUGCGUAUUUCGUUAAGACCAAAUGGAGUAAGAAUGGACCAUGCGAGGGAAUAUACGAACAGCAGGCAAAGAAAGCAGCCAAGGAUUCGUACGUCAAGCCCCAAGCUGCGGAAUUGGCGAACCAAAAAAUGAUCUACAUCUGUCCCGCGGUUUGGGAUCUCGAUGAUGGUAGAUUGAAAGUGGAUCUCAAGACUUACACUGGAAGCGGUGGGAAAGAGAUUGAUACUACUGAUGAGUCGCAGCUGUUGGGCACAUACGUAACUCCUGGGGGAGUGCUUCUCCAUGAAAUGGCUCAUCAUGUUUUGGAAGGAAGGGAUGGUGGACCUGAGGGAGGUUUAGGAUACGGGUGGGAUAAUUGCAUUCGUGGUCAGAGAGACCCAGCAAAUGCGAGAUUGAAUCCGGACUCAUUUCUCUUUUUUGGCAUUGCAAUGUAUCUAGAAAAAUACUCCUGGAUCUAUGGUCGGGCCAUGAAACUAGACACAAUGCCUGGGGAAGACAACGCAUGGCGUGGCUAG